UUCUAACUAGUCUCACCCCCGCGGCCACAACAAAAUGGCAGUAUUAAAGUUCGUUUUUAGACGACAUGUUUCUAUUGCAAGAAAUAAACAGGAUGACUAUGAAAUCAAAGGAGACAGUAUCAUUUCUGCUGAACAUGAGGGUCCCAGAAAGGCUAGGACUAGGUCGUCACCUUUGUUUCAAGAUUAUUCUUUUAUACUCCUGAAUUUCGAUGGAGAUGGGAAGCUUAGUCCAGAUGAUAUUACACAGAUUGUUGAAAACCUGGGUGGGAAAACUUCGGAGAAAGUGGACGACAGCGAAGGAAAGUGUAUUGCAUUAGUUUAUGAUGAUGGGGAUGGAAGCAGUACUAAGGAUGAAAGAAUUCUGCCCUUUCAAGGGAGCACAGAUAUUUCCGGUACUCAAUGCGUGACAGUAAGUGUCUUCUGGCUACUGGAUUGUGUGACUACUUUCAGCAUUUUGGAGGUUGAAGAUUACCUCUAUACAUUUGGUAAGGACUUUAUAUUUUUGAAAUUAAAGAUGUAUCGUAUUGUGUAUUGUGAGUGGUGUAAAGUAAUAUGUAUAUGGUCUGUCCGCCUGUAAACAAUUAUUUUUAUCAUUAUUUCUCAAGUAGCACCUGCAAUUAAUAGAUCUUUCCCAAAUUUGAUAAGUGCAAUACCCGGGUCCUUAGUUGUGCAUAUUCAAUUUUGAGAGUGAUCAUAAGAACAAG